AUGCUGUGGCUUGCUGCUCAAAAUGCAGACAUCCCCUUGUUGAGCUCCAGCUCUGGCAAACGAAAAUAUGUUCGGAGGAAGCUGUUGCAGCUCGUCACCACUCUACUCAAACCUCUGAGCGAGAUGGCUUUCAGUGGAUACGAAGGGCUAAGCAAUUCGAGCGCUGGUGGGGCAUCCUCACAGUAUCUUGACGAGUGUAUGGCCUACGUUCAUCUCGCCAUGGUCACCUCGGCAAGCGCAUUCACUCGCGCGAGUCUUCGAUGGUGGAAUAUGGCUUUCUCAUUAGCCAGAGAGAUCGAUCUGCACCAACCGUUGCUCGAUCACGAUGGCUAUCCACCAGCAGACGCCACAUCUAUCCAAGAGAGCCCUGCUGGUGACGUUCGGGACAGUGUUCGCGAAGCUUCUGGCAGGAACGCCUUUCUGGCCGAAGAACGCAAGCGUGUGUAA